UUGACAAAUCGUCAUUUUCCUAGUGGAUUUGAUUGUGAGAGUUAUUACACUUGCCACAAUUUAGAAUUUAUUAUUCAGCGAUGUCUAGAGGGAUUUUGGUUUCAUCGUACAUCUGAAACUUGUAGAGUUUCAAGAGAUGUGCUUGAUUGUGAAUUUGCACCGCCAGUUUGGCCACCAGCGACAGACCCUCCGCCAACACAACCUCCAACAACAACUACACCUCCAGCUACAACUACACCACCAGUUACAACUACACCACCAAUGACAACAUCAGCAGAUGUAACAACCUCAACAGCUGCAUCAAAUUCACCUGAUCUUGUUGAUUGUCCAGGAAGUGGGGUUUCAGUUCACAUUCAUCCUUUCUCGUGUACUCGAUACUUCAUGUGCUUUGAUGGUUGGUUAAUCAAUCGAACUUGUAGUCCUGGCCUAUUCUUCUCACGAUCACAAAUGAGAUGCGUCCGGCGUUCGGAAUCUGAUUGUCGACUCGAUGUUGAUUCUUGUCCUGCUGAUGAUGAUCCACCCAAUGUUGUUUUCUUACCAGAUCAGGAAGAUUGCCAAAAAUAUUUUGUUUGUCAUCAAGGAAAUGCUUUGGAAUGGGAUUGUGGACCAACAUUGCACUGGGAUCCUAACGAUAACUGGUGCAUAAGAGAAGAAGAAUCCGAUUGCGAGCCUUCAUAUCCACUUCCUGAUGUCAAAGACAUUGAAUGCCCUGAUGACACUGAAAGUGACAUAAUUUUCCUUCCCCAUCCUGAUGAAUGUCAAUUCUACUUCAUUUGCAUUGAUGGGGAAUCAACAUUGGUUCGAUGCGGCCGAUACACAUUAUUUGAUCACAUUUUAGGCAAAUGCUUUUUCGCAGAAUCAGCACGUUGCUUUAAUCAAUGAAUAUUUUAAUUAAUUCAUUUAUUUUAUCUCGGAUUUCUCUUUAAGAGAAAAAAAGUGAAAAUACGUAAAAUUAAAACGAUUUCAUUUCUUUUUAGCACAAUGAAAUGAUAAGAUAAAAAUAU